CUUUCUGACGACCAUCUGAAAGCCAUCAUUUGGGUAAUGCGUGAAUGCGGAACACCUGACGUGCCAUCCUUCUAUGCACUUCGGAAGAAGCAAGCAGAACUCGCAUGUCAGCUUGUGUCAACAAAAUGUCAUGUGUCAUCACUGGGCAACCAAUUUUACAUGAAUAGCCCCGCAUCGCUAUUUGCAAUGGAUUGGGCGAAUCCCCGAGUUCGGCCUUUCAUUCAUCCAUAUGUUGACAUUACUGGACCAGUUUCAGAGGCUUGGCAAGCUGGAAAGGCACUGAAACACAUCGAUGACACACUGCUUUCUCCCAUGUGGGCUGACUGGAAAUUGGCUGGGCAUCGACACUUCUAUAUCCAGGAGUUAGCACAAUUAGAUGACGGGCGGUAUGUGAUCCCCAAGCGUUGGGUCACGAAAUCAAAUGCAGAGUAUGCAGAGGUGUAUCAGGCUCAGAUAAUGGAGGAUGGCCGAUUCGGACUUUAUGAUCCAGAUACACAGCUAGUCAGAUGUCAACGGCUCAAGGCAAAUUACCCAGAUCUCAUAGCAUUACAUGGCGAGAUUGCGUUCACAGCACCGGCAUGGGCACACACAAUGCCAAAUGCUAUCCGUAAAAUUGCAAAUAAUUGUCCUGCAUUCACACUCCUUGCUAUGGUUUGGAGUGAUGAUGUAUCAGGAAAUGUCAGCAAGCAGUAUAACCCCCACACCAAUGUGUAUCUUGCAAACGCAAGUCUACCACACACCAAGCUAUCUCAGGAAUACUUCAUUCACUUCUGCUCAACGUCACCUCACGCAUCAUCAAGUGAACAGCUCGAUGCUAUGCAGCAGCAGAUUGAUUCACCAGCGCGGCAUGUUGCCUAUGACUGCGAGCUGAUGCAGGAAGUCAUAUUUCGGAUUAUGACCCAUGUACUUCCAGCCGACAAUCCUCAGCAGUCAGAAACAUGCUCUCAUAUUGGUGUCAAUGCAAACUUUAACUCAAGAGUGGAUACUACCGGUGGCACUAAAGCAGAGAAGGAAACUGAUGCAGGAUAUGAAAAGCUGUUUUAUCCGGGCAUAUUGCGCACACCUCAGGAUACCAUUAACACAAUCCAAGAACAGUUGUGGGCUGCAUGCCUAGGUGUUCAAUCUACUGUGGAUGCUCUGCAAACAGCAACAGGGGUCAAGGAUAAAAUUGCACAACAUUGGAUCGGGGUUUUAAUACAUCAAGCUCGCCAGCUACAGAGGGAGCGACUUCAUGAUACAGACACUAUGGAUGUGAGGCUCAGAAGCAAAAGCCUCAAAGGCGAUGCAAGGAGAGAAGUUAGGGCUCAGAUUGUUUGUGAUAUUCAGCAAGAACUGUAUGAUUGGCUGGUGCUCCAGCCCCCUGAGCGCUACCAUGCACUACCAAUUGGUUCAGUCUUGCUGGGCACCGACAAAUACCUAUGGCAUGCAACCAGCAAUACCUGGGAUAAACAGAAGGACAAGACAUUUGCGAUACGUCUCCAGUCAUCAUCUAUGGAUGGACUCACUAUACCGUCCAUACGGGCAUAUUACAUCGCUCAGUAUAAGAAUUCCCUCAUCGGCAAGCAUUUCAAGACUCUACAACAGCUGGGAUCGUUCCACUUGCACGGAAACUUAUGCCCUGAUACAGUGUUUAAGCUAUGGCUUGCAAAUUGCGAGCUAGGUGCCUUGAUCUGGUAUACAGAGAUUAGAAACAUGAGCUUGUAUAUUGCUGACUUGACCAUACUCAUUGCCAAUGUUUUGGACUACUGGGCGGAGUUGGAUCCAUCAAGAAUUGUCAACAAAAUCAAGCUCCGUAUCCUCACAUACCUGGUUCCCAAUGUGCAACGGCACGGUCCUGCUAUCCUCUAUCACACUGAAGUUUUUGAAUGCUGGAACAGCAUUUUUCGUCUGUGUAGUGUUCUGUCAAAUCAUCAUGCACCCAGCCAUGAUAUCGCAGCUACCACAGCUGAUAUGGAGCGGUUCAAACAUCAAGCUAGUGGUGGAUUUUGGAAGAAUGAUCAAGGAGAUUGGAUACAAGCGGGAAAGAAAAUUCGGGAUUUAUUCCAAGAGAAUCGUGCUCUUCAGGGACGGCUAGGUUGGAAUGAUACAGCGGAGGUGUCACCUGGUCACGUGGGCUUGCUUCCACAAUCUCUUCGGGACAUAUCAACAUGGGCACAAGCCUUGGGUGCACAUUUCUCUCAGCUGAGCGAGCCAACAGGGAAGACAGGCCUGAACUGGGUCAAGAGCAAAUACAUCACCGCCCAAUCAUCCGACCGAUGUCAUGAAGGCUCAUGGGUUUUUGCUGCUCAAACUGAGGUGAAUUACAUUCCCUAUACAUUAUCAGUUACUGACGGGAGGAUUGCCUUAAUCCUCACAGCAUCUUCAUCACUUAAUCGUCCACAAGAUGAUACUGUGAUUAUUCUGGAGCUCUUCAUUAUUUUUUCAGAUGCAAAUCACCAGCGGAUGAAUAUGCCUUUGCUAUCUCGGCCAACUACUGCAGGUACUCCUACUGCAGCAGUAUUGACACCACAGCAUGACUGCAGUGGAAAUGGCUGCAGAGUGGGAACUACACCUGCUAGGCAAGAAAGAGCUGAAACUUCUCGCUCAGUGGACCAAGUUAUCCACACUGGUGAUGAUCACUAUUUUCUGAACCUGCAUGCACUGCACAAUGCAUCGAGGAUACGGGAAGUACUGCCAAGACAUUUAACGGCCCCGCAAUGUGCCUUCCCAGAUCGCCAGCAGCACCAC